AUGAGUUAUCCGCCUUCAAUAUCGCCUCUAGAUCUUGGAGAAGAACCUUUCAAUGUCGCCAGGCCCGAAGGAAGUAAAGCUAUCUAUAGGAGAGGAGGAGGUUGGCACGAUCGGGGUGGAGGUCCAGACGGAUGAAGAAGGAGCUUCCCUGAAUAAUGCAUCGGAGACUGCGGAGCAACAAUAUCCAGCGAAAGUGUAUGUAGCUGCUAGAGAACUGGCCGAUGUCAUCAAAGGCGCCAAUGUCGAAGAUAUCACUUGCACGGUCGAUACACUUUCCUGUCAAGCUGAUUCGUCUGCCGUUUUCAGUUUCGGGAGGCUUUGGAGUGGUUCGCUGCUCCACAUUGCAGCAGCCACCGGCAAGAGCACCAUUAUAGGGCUCCUGCUUUGUCAUGUCGAUGCCCACCUCAUAGCCGCCAAAGAUGACUGGGGGAAUACCCCCCUCCACAUCGCCACUAAGGUCAAGGCAUUUGAAGUCGCCGAUAUGUUGAUUCGCCGGGCAAAUGACUUCCCCAUCGACGAGAACAUCCUGAGGAUGAAGAACAAUGAUGGAAACACCGCCUUGCACGAGGCCGUGCUUAUAGGUGACGUUUGCCUGGUGCGCCAUUUAUUGAGGGAAGAUUUGGAGCCCGUGUACUGGGAGAACGUCGACCAGAAAUCUCCCUUGUACCUGGCCCUCGACUCUGGCAACUCCAAGAUACUUGAGGUUUUAUUUUCGAAGUCACUCGACCCAUCGAAGAUACGAGGCUUGCCGCCCCUUCAUGGUGCUGUUGCACGUGGUCGAUAUGGUACAUACCUAAAUCUACUCAUGGGAAAUAUCUAUUUAUGUGUAGACCAAAUUUAUUUCAAAUUUAUGCAGCAGCUCUCCACGCGUGCUUAUCCAAAUCUAUUGCGUGUGUUCACAUAA